UGAAUUUGAGAAAAAUGGUGUGUGCGUUGAAUAAAUGUUUUCGUAGUUUCGUUAUGUUCAGUGUAUGAUAUUUCUGUUAGUUUAUAUUGUAUAUGUGUUAGUGUAAAUAGGGUUUGGAAUAGUGCCGUGUGUAGUUUCAUUUUAUUUAUUGCAAACUGAAUUCAGUAUUCUUUGUACGUCUUCCGAGUUCGAAACUAAUGCCAAGGAGCUCCGACGAACGUGCUGAAUCGUCUGUUGGUGGGUGUUUGUUAAUGAGCACUAGAAGAAGGUUUUGAAGACCAUCACAGAAAUUGAAGAGUACCUUAAGUAGCCAUGGAAGACGGCCACGCGAAGACUGUGGACGAGGUUUUAAAUUAUUUUUCUGUGGACCCAGAGAGAGGUCUUGCGCUUGAUCAGGUGAAGAGGAAUCAGGAGAAAUAUGGACCAAAUGAAUUGCCAGCUGAAGAGGGCAAGUCAAUAUGGCAGUUGGUUUUGGAGCAAUUCGACGAUCUGUUAGUGAAGAUCUUAUUGUUAGCAGCUAUCAUCUCAUUCGUUCUAGCUUUGUUUGAAGAACAUGAUGACCAAAUCACCGCCUUUGUUGAACCCUUUGUUAUAUUGCUUAUUCUCAUUGCUAAUGCCAUCGUUGGUGUGUGGCAGGAGCGAAAUGCAGAAUCUGCCAUUGAAGCGCUGAAAGAAUAUGAACCUGAAAUGGGCAAAGUUGUAAGAGCUGACAAAUCUGGUGUCCAAAAGAUCCGUGCCAAGGAGAUUGUCCCUGGUGAUGUCGUUGAAGUGUCAGUUGGUGACAAGAUUCCUGCUGAUAUUCGCUUGAUCAAGAUCUUCUCUACCACUUUGAGAAUUGACCAGUCCAUCCUGACAGGAGAGUCUGUAUCUGUCAUCAAGCACACUGACCCUGUCCCUGAUCCCCGAGCUGUGAACCAGGACAAGAAGAACAUUCUUUUCUCUGGCACCAAUGUUGCUGCCGGCAAAGCUCGUGGUGUUGUGAUUGGAACUGGCCUUAACACUGCCAUUGGCAAGAUCAGAACUGAGAUGUCUGAGACUGAAGAAAUCAAGACCCCUUUGCAGCAGAAACUGGAUGAAUUUGGGGAACAACUGUCCAAGGUUAUUUCUGUCAUCUGUGUUGCUGUGUGGGCUAUCAACAUUGGACAUUUCAAUGACCCGGCUCAUGGUGGUUCCUGGAUUAAGGGUGCAGUAUACUACUUCAAGAUUGCUGUUGCCCUGGCUGUUGCUGCCAUCCCUGAGGGUUUGCCAGCUGUUAUCACCACCUGUUUGGCCCUGGGAACACGACGUAUGGCAAAGAAGAAUGCCAUUGUGCGCUCCCUGCCCUCCGUAGAAACUCUGGGCUGCACAUCUGUCAUUUGCUCAGAUAAGACUGGCACAUUAACCACAAAUCAGAUGUCUGUUAGCCGCAUGUUCGUUUUCGAGAAGAUUGAAGGUAAUGACAGCUCAUUCCAUGAAUUUGAGAUCACUGGUUCAACAUACGAACCUAUUGGUGAUGUAUUCCUCCGUGGCCAGAAGAUUAAGGGUACAGACUUUGAGGGUCUUCAUGAGAUUGGAACCAUUGGUAUUAUGUGCAAUGACUCUGCAAUUGACUUCAAUGAGUUCAAGCAGGCUUUUGAGAAGGUUGGCGAGGCCACUGAAACUGCUCUAAUUGUUCUGGCUGAGAAGAUCAACCCAUACGCUGUGCCCAAACAGGGACUGGAUCGCCGUGCAUCUGCAAUUGCUGUCAGGCAAGAUAUGGAGACCAAGUGGAAGAAGGAGUUUACACUCGAGUUCUCCCGAGACCGCAAAUCCAUGUCUUCUUAUUGCGUACCACUGAAGCCAACUCGUCUUGGCAAUGGGCCCAAGCUUUUUGUGAAGGGAGCACCUGAGGGAGUGCUGGAGCGCUGCACCCACGCCCGAGUUGGGACACAGAAGGUGCCUUUGAGUGCAACACUGAAGAACCGCAUUCUUGACCUCACACGGCAGUACGGCACUGGCCGUGACACCCUUCGCUGUUUGGCUCUUGCAACUGCCGAUAACCCACUGAAGCCUGAGGACAUGGAUUUAGGUGACUCUUCCAAGUUCUAUACAUAUGAAGUAAACUUGACCUUCGUUGGUGUUGUGGGAAUGUUGGACCCUCCCCGCAAGGAAGUGUUUGACUCAAUCCAGAGGUGUCGUGCAGCUGGUAUCCGUGUCAUUGUCAUCACUGGUGAUAAUAAGGCCACUGCUGAAGCCAUCUGCCGCAGAAUUGGUGUUUUUGGAGAGGAUGAGGACACAACUGGAAAGUCAUAUUCUGGCCGUGAAUUUGAUGAUCUGCCAAGUAGUGAGCAGAAGUCUGCUGUUGCCCGAGCCAGGCUGUUCUCUAGAGUAGAGCCUGCACAUAAGUCCAAGAUUGUGGAGUUCCUGCAAAGCAUGAAUGAAAUUUCUGCCAUGACUGGUGAUGGUGUGAAUGAUGCACCUGCCCUGAAGAAGGCUGAAAUUGGCAUUGCCAUGGGCUCUGGAACUGCUGUGGCCAAGUCUGCUUCUGAGAUGGUGCUGGCUGAUGACAACUUCUCUUCUAUUGUGGCUGCUGUUGAGGAAGGCCGAGCCAUCUACAACAACAUGAAACAGUUCAUUCGAUACCUGAUCUCUUCAAACAUAGGUGAAGUCGUAAGUAUUUUCCUGACUGCUGCAUUAGGUCUUCCUGAGGCUCUGAUCCCUGUCCAGCUGCUUUGGGUCAACUUGGUAACAGAUGGUCUUCCUGCCACUGCCCUGGGCUUCAACCCUCCAGAUCUCGACAUUAUGUCCAAGCCUCCACGUAAGAGUGAUGAGUCCCUGAUCUCUGGCUGGCUGUUUUUCCGUUACCUAGCUAUUGGAGGUUAUGUAGGUGCUGCAACAGUGGGCGCUGCUGCGUGGUGGUUCAUGUUGAGCCCACACGGACCUGGAUUGAACUAUUAUCAAGUGACUCACCAUCUUGCUUGCAUUGCUGAAGGAGAGGAGUUCAAGGGAGUCGACUGCCAUGUUUUCAGUGACCCCCAUCCCAUGACCAUGGCUUUGUCUGUACUGGUCACCAUUGAGAUGCUCAAUGCCAUGAACAGCUUGUCUGAGAACCAGUCACUGAUUGCGAUGCCCCCAUGGUGCAAUUUGUGGCUGAUGGGAUCCAUGGUCUUGUCUUUUACUCUGCACUUUGUCAUCCUUUAUGUUGAGAUCCUGUCCACUGUUUUCCAGGUAACACCUCUUGAUGUUGAGGAGUGGAUCACUGUCAUGAAAUUCUCCAUCCCUGUUGUGCUGCUUGAUGAAACACUCAAGUUUGUUGCCAGAAAGUUCACUGAUGGUGAGAACAUGAUUUAUACCCUGCACUGGAUUGUACUUAUGUGGUGGGCGUUCUUUGCCUUGAUAUUUUUCGGCCCCCUUUAGGAAAUAAUAGUGAAUGUGAAUUUUUGCCACCCAAAACCAGCCACAAUUAAAUACUACUUCACCCCUGGACUUUUGAACAUUAACUUAUAAAUUAAUAUAAAAUAUGGCAAGAGAGAAACAGUCUCAAUCGACAGAGAUUUGGUUUGGAACAGUUUAACCUUAACACCCUCCCUAUGCCAAGCAUGGAGUGAGCCGGUGCUUUGGUCACAGUGAGUGACUGCAGAGGCAGUAUUAAGUGACAGUGGAUCUGCGGCAGGGUGUGGAGUGGUUGAGUGGAGAACAGGGUCGAGGGGUGCAUUUUCCUUCCCCGAACAUAUAAGGAAAAUGUUGCUCAGAAACGAGGGAUCAACGUGUUUUCCCCGUACAAGUGAUCAGUACAAAACUCGACCUGCUUCCAGAAAGGUGUUUUCGUGCUGCACCAAAUAACCUUGUGUUAUGAGUAUGUUUUGAUAACAUUUACACCUUUACAUUUUUAUAAAUGUAAAGGAAUUUAUUUUGUAAUUAGUAGAGAAGUGCCUUUUUAAGACUCGCCACUUUUUGUCACAUGGUCAUUUUGUUUUUUACACCUAGUUUGUUCCAUAAUUUUUCUCUAGAAAUGGUUCUGACAGCUGUCCAAUUUUUGCUUACUUGUGUAUAUAAUGUUUUAGGCAGAGCCCUUAUUAUAUUAUAUCCUGACAAUAAUUUUAGUGGGGUUAGCCAUGGGGUUGAUGGGGAGGGUGGGAUUUACUGACAGCAUACACGCAUAUAUAUAUUUAUAUGAAACAGGAAACAUCUUUUAUGGGUAGUGCAUCAUGUCUACCAUUUUGCUUUACAAAAAAAUCUGUUCAGUAAUGGUUUUGUAUCACAAACCAAAUUAUUUGUAUGAAGAGGCAUGAUGUAACCCAUGUGAUUGCAGCAGAUUUGUCCAGUUCACUUCUGGGGAUAAGAAGAGUGACAUGCAUAACAAUUAUUUAUUUUUAAUAGCACGCUCUUCAGGAACUUUGUGCGGGAUCACAAGGUCCCCUUGAAGAGAUGUUGUUCACUUAGAUAAUAAUGCCGGACAAGUGCACUUUUGUUCCAUUUAGUUCUUUUAUGUUUAGCUGUAUAUUCAACAAUUAAAUUAUUGUUAUUAAACUAUUACUAGAUAUUGAUAUACAUAUCAGUGAAAAGUGGAAGUUUUGAGAAAUACUUCUGAUUGCUGAAGAAUGGUGGCAGAAUUAUUUUAAAUAGUACUUCCUGUUUUGACAGUUCUUUGUUUGAGAAUGUUAAGUUACCCCAGUCUGUAUUUUGUAUUGCAUGAUUUAUUGUUGCAGUCAUAGUUUAAUUAUCAGUCCAGGUGGGAAAAUGGUGUGGCCUUCAAGCAGAAAAGGAAUUACAAAGGGAUGGGGAAAAAGGAAACAUGGCUUCAGAAAGUUGUUCACAUUGGGAAAAUGCAAGGGGAAUGUGGAAAAUAUGGAUGGAUAAGAAAAUUUUUUCAUAUUUUUGUUUUUACAGUACAUUUUUGAUUUUCUGAUUUGGAACAUACAUGAAGCCAUCCAUCCACUUCGUGGCCAGCUCUGUACCUUCUGUGCCUCAAUCCUAUCCUGUGGCUGAGCCUGUCUGUCCACGCCUGUGCCACAUGCACCUACUUGCACCUUUGCAUGCUAAAACUGCUGCUGUGAAUAAUGGAGUGGUUUGGAUUUACUCUUGUGUGUUGUGAAUCAUUAUUAUUGCCUACUGUUAUUUAUAUCCCACAGAAUAAAAAUAUUUAUGCAUGAUGCAUUAUCGUUUUCAAGCACAAGAUAUUUUGUUUGAGAAAUUGACAUCCCCAGCUAAUAAUCCUACGCUUUGUAGUAGGUUUCACCAUACUUCUGCUGGGUUUAGUUUAAUGUUUUGAAAAUUCUUCCAUACAGCCAUAGUUUUAAUAUGGCUGAAACAAAGUUGAUUUCACUUCCAACCAGCAGACAGAAGAGAAAGGUUUAGAAAUUCAAUAUUUGUUUAUGUGUGAAUGAAUACAGGGAGAAUUAUUAGUAAGUACGAAUUAAUGCAAAAAUGUGUGUAUGCGUGUGUAUUUGAUCCUUUUAAAGGCAUGUGCUAGAUAAAUAAGUAUUAACAGUCAUGUGAUGUAAGCAAGCAAUUUCCUGCUCCAUGCAGAACUAAUGGAAUGUUUGUGAACAAUUUAAUGAACUUACUGGAGGAAACAAAGAUAAAGUUUUAAACAAAUAACACUAAUAAUAGAGCAGAUCCCUUAUGUCGGUGGAGUGUUACAUUAAAUGUUCUUUUUCAGUGUUCCAAAUAGACCUGUGACGUGGAGAUAUUUUUUUUAAAUAUUCAGAUGCAUUAUUAGUGAACAGUUUCACUCCAGUUUCAUUUUAAAUUGUUCAGGGGCAUUUUAAUGAGAGAUGGAAUCUAUAAAAGUAGUGUUAAUGUGGUGUGUAAAUAUAAGUAAUGUAUUCAUGGAACAACUUGUUAAUGAGAACUUGUGUUACUAAUAAAAAAAAUUAAUGUUUUACAGAAAAACAAGUGUAACUUACAUUAAGUGUUUGCGUGCUGUUUGUGCUAGCUGACAAGCUUCUUUCACCGCCAAUAUAAAUGCUUGAUCUCUUUCCACAUCCCUUUCUUCAUCCCAUAUUUUGAUUAUGUAGUUAUAGUGCAGUGGUUUUAAGGGUUAUGAUUAGAUGUUUUUGCUUUAUUUUAAACCCUCAUAAUUAUAUAUAUUUUCUUUUCUUCUUUACGUUUCUUUUGUCCAAGACAAAACAGGAACUGUGUCCACCAUUUUACAUGGCUGUGGCAGGUUAAUUGCUGAAAGCACAAUCCACUUUUCAGUUGAAACUUGCUGAGUAUCAGGCAAGAGAAGUAUUUGUAUUACCUUAUUUGUUUGAGGUCAUAAAACAAAUAUGUUUAUGUAACUCCCAGCAUUUAGCUGUAGCACACUGCUGAUCUGGUUUGGCAGAAUAGCGCUUCUGUAUAAUGCCAACCUAAAAUUGUAAUCACUUGACAGCUACAGUAAAGAGAAUAAAACAAGCUGUCAGGUCUUUUUGGAGGGGCCCAUAUCAUUGCCCCAGACAGGAGGACAGACUCUGUUUAUUGUAUGGAAAUAGAUCCAAUGACACUGACUAUGAAUAUAAAUGAAACAUCAAUGCAGAGAUGGAAGAGCAGCUUUAUGUCAGUAUGCAGUGUUCAUAUAUAAACAAUAAAAGGAAUUUGGCUGCAGAUGUAUGUACAUUUUGUUUUAUAUAGUAAUGUCUAAGUGAGAAAUAUUGUAAGUUCAAGGUAUAUGAAAGUAAGAGAGAAUGGAUGAAUCAGCAUCCCAAAGACAUUGUGAGAAAAAAUAAAGGUUCAUUAUUGCACAAAAUAUAGGCACACUUCUUACUUUUCUCAGCAGAACUUGAGCUGAACUCUUGUAGUUAUCAGUCUUUAACAUUCUAAGCCAAAGGGUGGUUAACAUCCAGUAUAUGAUUCUUUACCAGGCAACAUGUUCAGAUCCAGAAGCAGCAUGUUCAGUAAACCAAAAUUUUCACACGUUUGAGUGAUGGUACAGUGUCCUUUCAUGAUUCUUGAAUGUGCAUAGCAGUCAGUUUUGGCCAGAAUAUUCUACACUUUCAUAUGGCCAUGAAACAUAUAAUGACAUAAAUAAUAUUUUAGGCAUUUUAGGAAACAAUUCUUAAAAACAUGACAUUUGGUUUUAAACAUGCAAGUAAAUGGGAAGUAUACAAUUUCAGUUGUCUUAAAGUGAAGUGUAGAAAUAUCCGUGUAUGUUAUGCCUUUAGAAUCUCUGGCUGAACAAUUCAUGCACUGAGAAAAUGUGAAAACCAUUUUUCCAGCAAAUGUAUUUUUGGAAGAUAUACAUUUGUCUUUGUUAUGCUACUUUUGUAGAAUCAAAAUGCUGUGUGAGGUUUGUCUCAGUUUGAUCAUGGUGAUUAUAACACCAUCCUCAUAAGUAUUUUGGGAGUACUGAUAAUGCUACAGAGAAAUUAUGGUCAGACAUAGUGAGGCAGUAAAUAACAGGUACAUAAAAAUGUGAAAUGUAACUGGAAUACAAGUGUUACAAAUAUAAUUGCCAGUGAAAGCGUGAAACAUAUAUCAAGUACUGUUCAUAGUACAGAAAAUGUAUAAAAAUACAUCUAAUGUUCUUGGAUUGAGGCAUUACAGAUAUUGUGCUAUUCAGAUUAUUAAUUCUGUUAUAAGCCAUCUUUUCAUGCAUGAAGUUUAAAGGAUUUUGUUCCAGUUUGCAGUUUUUUAUUUUUCAAAGUGUGCAGACAAUUCCAUGUAACCUGAACCUCUCCUGACAAAGCUUGUUGUUGCCAAGUUCAGUCAGCAGACAACCAGAUUACUCCUGCCUUAGGUAAGAAUUCUUAUGAUCCUGUCAAAUUUGGGAAAAUUUAUGAUCCUGCUGUAGCAGAAAUUUGUUCUUCAUUCUGGAGGUUUAUUCAACGUGAAGGUACUGGACUGAUUAGUCAUUGAUGACUGACCAUCACUAACAACUGAAAUAAAUCAAAGUAUGUAUGUAUUUAUUUUGUUCAAACAAAAAUGUUUUUGCUACAAGGGAUCAUUUUCCUGAAUGUUCAGAAAUGGUAUGCAAAGUAUAUUUCAGUGCAUAUGUAGUCUUACUAUAGAAAUUAUCAGCCAGUCAUAGGGCAUAUUUUGAAUAAAUACCUUUUGUUCAAGUGGAAAAUUUCACUCACUGAGUGCUAAUGACUUGUGAAAAUAUGUAUAAUUUUAAAUGCAUUGAUCUUUUAGUAAUUCAUUCUCAGAACUGUUACAGAUGGACACCAAUUGGCAGUAAUAAUUUUACAUCUUUGCUAAUUUAGCCCUAAAUUCUGCCUCUAAUACUAGAAAAUGGUGAUAUUGAAUUAAUUAUGAACAUAAUCAUCCCUUGAUUUUAUACACAUUGACAGAAAAACAAGUCAGCACAGCAAUGUGCACGUUCCUCAGAACAUGUUGCAAUAGUGCCAGAAGUGGGAACUGACAUAAGUGUCGUGCCACUUUUCUCUGAAUGUUCCUCUGUUGUCCAUUUGUAACAACUUAAUUUUGUGAGUUGUUUAUAUAAGUAUAGUCAGACACUACAAGUUUUGUCUUUUGACAAAACUAGAGAGGAUUUUUUGUGGUCAGUGAAAACACACCUUUAAUUUAUAUUUACUCUUUCUAAUAUUCAGUUAAAUGGGAACACUUAUUUCAAUGGUGAACAUGCUAGCUUGCAAGAUUAUUGCAAUGAAAAUGCCUGUAUAAGGAAAGACAAACUUGUUGAGUGGAGCUUCUCAGAUCUGGAGAGUUUCGGAAUAGGCCAUUUUGGAGGUCAGAAAUUUUCAAAUACCAGGAGUUCAUUUUAGGGACUAGUAAAAGGAUUUUAAAAGACAAAAAAUGUACAUAAUGCCAUAGCAAUAGUAAACAGGGCUACAUAUAUAUGUUAGGUAUAACCAAGUUACCACUAAUAACUUACAUUCGAACCUAAGUUGUGAACUGCCAGGUGUGGUGUCAUCUAUGGUGCACUGCUUCUGUAGUAAGGGAGAUUGUAGGCAUAUGUUUUUAAGCCAUCACAGUGCACUUUUGUUAUA